AUGUCUGAAAUUCAGAGGUGGACGGUCAACGAACCAUACCUUGACAUCCCAGGAACACUACUCGAAGGUCCCUUUUAUGAUGUGGCCAAGAAUGAAUUUCGUUUCAUUGAUAUCUGGGACCACAAACUCUAUCGACUCGAUCUGUCUAAAGGACCUGACUCAUUGAAGGUCAUUGAUACCGAUACCUCUAUUGGCCCCAAUGAGCUAAUUGUUGGGGCCAAAAAUGGAUUUGCCCGGCUGGACCAGACUACCGGGAAACUCUCAUAUAUUCAUGAUAUUCAUGACCUUUGGGGAGAUGGGGCCAAAGCCGAAAGGAUGCGUUUCAAUGAUGGGGCAAUCGAUAGUCAUGGCCGAUUUUGGGCCGGAGCGAUGAACGACCCGAAGGUCAAGAAACCAGAAGCUGAAGGCGUUCUAUUUAGACUAGACCCAGACCAGACUGUGCACCAUAUGUUGGCAGCGGUGACGAUCCCCAACGGGAUCGGGUGGAACCUGACAGACGACGUGAUGUACCUGACUGAUUCGCCAACAGGCAAGAUCUUUGCCUUUGACUUUGAUGCGUCCAGCGGUGCGAUCAGUAAUCGCCGGGUGCACUUCGAUAUCGGUGAUGCACUAGAGCCCGAUGGCUUCGCUAUUGAUGUCGAGGGAUGCAUCUGGAGCGCUAUCUAUGGCGGCGGAAAGGUCUUGCGCAUUUCCCCGGCCGGAAAGAUUAUCGGUCAGAUCGAUCUCCCGACCCGCAACGUGACCUGUCCAGUCUUUAUUGGUACAGAAUUGUUCAUUACUACCGCCAAGGAUGAUCGUGAUGAUGACCGGUUGCCUCAGUCGGUUAGAUAUGGGGGCCGGGUUUUCAGGGUUGACGUCGGGGUCCGUGGCGUGCCUAAGAAUGAAUUUCGGUUUCAGGGAUAG